AUGCACAGUUACUGGUCACCAGUUUUUCUGCCAUAUCCAGAUGGCAGCCAAUAUCCCAGUAACAUUCAGAAUGUUGGUUAUCCAUUUCAAUAUGGAAUGGGAACUCUGACUCCUCACAUCGCUACAAGCUCCGCAACGAGCAGAAGAGGUUGUUCAGAGAAUAGUCCCGAUUGUAGGGAAACUGCAGUGCCAUGUACAAACUCAAUUGUUGAUGAAGAAAGUAAAGAGGAUAGACCCAAAUCACCUGAAACCGACGAUUGCACUACCGGUUCACUACAAUUAGUGCAAACGGAUGGUGAUAAUAUAAUUGAGGAGCCAAGGUCGGGGAUGGAAUUCAAUUCUUUUGAAGAUUUACAUAGUUAUUAUAAGGAUUAUGCUAAGAAAUGCGGGUUUGGGGUGAUGACACAAAGGAGUGAGAAGGGAGCUGAUCAAAGUAUCAGAUAUGUCACUCUUGGUUGUGCCCGUGGAGGGAAAGCCCGGAUUAAGAGUUUGAACGUUGCAAAGCCACACCCGACAGGAAAGACGGAUUGUAAGGCAAGGAUUAAUGCCUUAAAGAUUGAAGGAAAGAUGCGGUUAACAACAGUCCAUAAUACACAUAAUCACGGCCUCAGUCCAAAGAAAUCUCGCUUCUUUCGUUGUAACAGAGAAGUGAGUGAGACUGUAAAAAGAGUCUUAGAUACAAACGACUUGGCUGGGAUCCGGAUGAAUAAGAGUUUCGGAUCUCUUGUCGUUGGUGCAGGAGGUUUCGAGAACCUCCCAUUUUUAGAAAAGGAUUGUCGCAAUUAUAUAGAUAAGUGUAUGGAUGGUAUACCUCCAAAAGCUAUUAUUACUGAUCAAGAUAGAGCAAUGAAAAAUGCAAUUGCUAAGGUCUUUCCAGAAAGUCGGCAUAGAUUCUGUUUAUGGCAUAUACUGAAGAAAGUUCCUGAGAAGCUUGGGUCAUAUGCUGCCUACAAAAGUGGACUAAAAAGUCACCUAAUGAAAUGUGUGUACGACACUCAAACAGUUGAGGAGUUUGAGAAAUGUUGGGAUGGGUUACUUAACACAUAUGAUUUACAUGAGAAUGUCUGGUUGAAAAGUUUAUAUGAUGAGCGUCAGCAUUGGGUACCAGUAUUCUUAAAAGAGUACUUCUGGGCUGGAAUGAGUACAACCCAGCGUAGUGAAAGUAUGAAUGCUUUUUUUGAUGGUUAUGUUCAUGCGAAGAUAAAUUUGAAGGAGUUUGUCGACCAGUUUGACAGUGCACUGAGGAAAAAAAUUGAGAAUGAAAACAAUGCCGACUUCCACACAUUUAGCGUCACCAUUCUCUGUAUAUCUAGAUCUCCAAUUGAGAAGAGAUUUCAAGAGUUGUACACGAAUGCUAAAUUUAGGGAAGUCCAGCAGCAAGUAAUGGGUGUGCUCGAUAUGAAUCCGUGUCUACUUAGUGAGGAUGGUGUAAUGAAAAGAUAUCUGGUGGAAGAUGAAGUUCGCGUUGAAGAGUUCACUAAGCUUGUUACGUAUUCAGUGAACUUCAAUGUGGAAGACUGCGAUGGAAAGUGUUCAUGUGGGUUAUUCGAGAUGAGGGGGAUACUGUGUAGGCAUAUUUUAGCCAUCUUCAAAGCUAACGGUAUAAAGUUAUUGCCAGACCGGUACAUUUUAGAUCGAUGGAGGAAGGACAUUAAGAGGAGAUACACGUUAAUCCACAGUAGCUAUGAUGCUGGGAAUCAGAGGCCAGAUGGGAAUAGAUAUUCAAGUUUGCUGAAUAUAUGUUAUCAGAUGAUAACUUAUGCAGCGGGUUCCAAUGAGCAGUUUGAAGAUGCAAAAAAGAAGUUAUAUUCAAUGAUUGACUUGUACCGUGAUAAUCAACACCCCCCAUCUAUGACUCAAACAGGUUCGAAUGCUGGUUGUACAACACUGGACACAAAUGCUGUUGGUAGUUCAAAGCCCGUACUAAGUCCAAAUGUUGUGCGAGGGAAAGGAAGACCUCCAUCUUUGAGGAGAGCAUCUAGGAUGGAGAAAGAAAUGCGGAAGGUUAAAGCCAAGCAGAAAAAAGCACCAGGAACAGGGAAACGUAAACAGCGAGAUGAAGGAGAUACACCACUCCCGGACACGUGUAGAAAUUUAUUUGGCCCAUAA